CGUCACAACUGAAAAACGACCUACUGCCGCUGGGAAGCGUUACUCUUCAAACGGCCCUGUUUGGCUAUCGCACCUGUUUUUUUUAAGGGCAGCUUGUAUUAUAUGUACAUUCGGGGCUGACGGUAUGUUUGAUAAUGCCGUUCAUUAACCAGGGUUUUCGGCUACCGUCUAUUCAUGUUGAUGACGUCAUAGAGUGUAAUUGAUAUAAUGUGAACAUUUAAAGUUAACCAACUUGCUAAUUAAUACGUAUAUUUCGCAGGUGACGGCGAGCUUGGGGAGUUGAAAGGGCUUAAAGUACAGUAACGACCGAACCCAUUUUCUUUUCCCUCUCUGUCUUUUUAUUUUUUGAAAGUGGCAAACUUUCCCCCAACGACUAAAGCUGGCUUUCUUAAAAUUCGUCUUCAAUUGUGUUCCCCUACUAUAAAAUGUGCAUGUGUUUUGACGCUUUUCCGCAAGCACCAUGUGUCGCGAGCUACUGCACCUGCCGCUUGCAAGAACAGCUGCAAAGUUCCUCUGGUUCCAAUGCUAUUUGUUAGGUCUAUAGUGGCACGCUUCGCUAUUAUUUGCGAGAAAUAAAAGGGGCGCCUUUUCUAAUCGCCUAUACACAAGGUAGGUGCAGGUGGAAUGUUGAUAAUUAUGUAGAAAGGAUUAGGCAAACUUAGGGCCAGCAGUCGGCAAGCUUUCCAAAUCUAUGUAAUCAGGCGGCGCCGAAAGUUUGCAAGCGAUCCGCUUUUUGUUUCAAACGAAGCAUUUCGGCGCCCACAUCUUGCGUAAUUAUUAGUCGUUGGAAGGAAGCAUUCGAAAUUUAAAUUGUCAAAUAACUAUGAAACUGAGAAGGGCAUUGUUUUGUGUGGGGCGGGUUGGCGCCGACAGUUACCUUUCACCGAAAACGUCUCUCUAAUACUUUGGACAUAUGUCAAAUCUUCAAUGUCAGCUUAUACAACUAUUAGAAUUUGUAUAUUCGAUGUAUUCUCUUUAAUAAUUGUUAAUUGCCAAUCGUCCCGUCGAGGUUGAUGAGUAUAGCAUUCAAGUCAAACUUGAGAUUAUCUUGUCCAAUGUGUUAGCCCUAUUUUAGGGCCAGCUCGACGCUGAUUGGUCCAGGGGGCGUCGGUUACCUAGACAACAAACGGCUCCGUCGCUUUCGAGUCAGACGGCGAGAGAGCAGCAAAGCGUAUGGAUUGUUCAUCUAGUCACCAUCAGUCGUCUUACGAUAUGCAUCAUUUACAAAACCUCAUCGAUGAUUUCUUUCAGGAUAUUUCCCCUUUAAGUGACGCUAGCUUUCCGUAAGUUAAAACCCCCACUUUUAUGGCAAGCAAUUUAGUCGUUUCAAUGUCAAGCGUAAUACGAGUCGGUUCGGAUAGAAAGUAGAAAGUAGGAAGUAAGGUGAUUUGCAUAUUUUUAAUUUUGGUCUUUUUCUUUUUUGCAACGUUUAGUUCCUCGUUUCAAAGAACGAAAUCAAUGCCUGUUAAUCCGUCCUCUUCAUUCCUUCACGCACCUUCGCCCUUCAACACAACUGCGGAGGAUAGCGAUUCGAGUAAAAAGCAUUCAGACGAAGAGUAUUCGCCGCCUCGUUUUCCUGCUCUCGACGACUCAUCAGAAUCGCAAUCGUCACCAGAACAGCUACCUUCUUCAUCGGCUCUACCUAUGGACGACGGUGAAUCAAGAGAUAGUGGCAUUUCUGAAAACUUUCAAAUAACUUCUUCUGCCUCAUUCAUACCAUCUUAUCCUUUUAAACAACUUGAUAGCCGUAAGCCUUUCAGUGACCGUACAAACUUUAGGAGAUCUACUUCAACUCCACUCUCUUCUUUGACAAAUCGUUUUAAAUCGAGAAGCCUUUCUGUCACCUCUGCCGAUAAGACAUCGUGUCAAAAUUCGCCCGCACGAACCGAACAAAUGGAUGAUGGUUUCGUUGAUCUCAUGGAACAACAAAAUGCUAUGCUUACUUCUUUUGAGAUGUCGGCCUCAGAAGGUAUUCAGGAACUUAUGAAUUCCAGCCAAUUACCUCUACCGCAUUCCGUACAUGACAAGGAGAAUACGCCAUGUUCUCGCUUUGAACGUUGUUCAACUAGACGCAUUCCGUAUAAGCGCUACAAGACUUUCGAUGUUAAUCGCCCCUUGCCAAAAUUGCCAAUUGCAUCGAAGCGCGAAAGCGAGGGUCAAAUGUCUGAAUCAAAAAGAAGAAAAAGUAUAACUGAAGAAAGCCCUAAGAAGACUUUCCAACGGAAAACUCCACCAUUUAUCUUGCAUAGAUCUCUUUCUGAACCAGAGUGCAAUUUGCUAUGCAAGGCGCUAGAUAACGAGCAGCAUUUGGUUGGUGAUUAUACGAGACCCCCAACUCUUCCAAUCGUACCUGGUAAACACCAGCUGAAGUCUGUUUCUUGCGAAACAGUCGCCAAGUUAGUUAAUGGCGAUUUGGGAGACAUAAAAUAUGACAUAAUCGAUUGUCGAUACCCUUAUGAAUAUGAUGGAGGGCAUAUCAAUGGCUCGUUGAACUUGUUUUUGAGACAACAAAUUCAGGCAGAGUUAUUUGAUAGGAUAUUGAGUGGCGAUAUGUCUGAGAAGGUGUUAAUCUUCCAUUGUGAAUUUAGCUCCGAGAGGGGACCAAAAUUAGCGAAACACACGCGCGAAAUGGACCGUAGUCAAAAUCACUACCCACGCCUACAUUAUCCGGAAAUCUAUAUUAUGGACGGCGGUUAUAAGGAAUUCUACGAAGUUGCAAAGGAUCUCUGUUUACCGCGUAGCUAUGUCCCAAUGCUACACCCAGAUAGAAGUGACGAUCUAAAAUACUUCCGAGCACGAGCUAAGUCCGAAAACGAUGAUAAAGAAUUUGCGAAGAAAUCUAAGAGAGGAGGUUUGAAGAGGCAAAAGUCUUCCUGCCGUAAACUGAUUAGUUGAGCGGUCACACCAGCUGUUUCUUCCGUUUUUGGCUUUUUUUAUUCAUCGACUUGUGUUCGAUGUUUUUUUAACUUUUUUUCACCUUGUUAUUUUAAUUGUUCUUCGUUGCUUUGUCUUUCGGCGUGCGUGCAAAGUCUAGUGUAAAAAUUUUUUUCGAAAUCGAUUAUGAAUUGGUCGAAAUCUAUUUAUUGAAUUAAUUGUUGGCGAAUUUAAAAGAAAAAUUAUAGAAUUGUGUGCUUAUUCGCGGAUGUUUGUUGCAUUAUCGAGUGAAAUAUGAACAGUUCUUGGUACAAUAAAAAUGUAAUUUGUCCUACGAGUUAAAGAACAGAAUACAGAAAGUAAACGUAAACAGGAAAUAGUUAAAAUGAUACAAUUUCCGCUCUUUAUUUCUCUGGUGUAGGCGCCUUUUUCUGUUUUGUCGUUUUGAAUCUAAGCAGGAGGUAAUAGAUAAUAAAAAGUCAUGUUUUUAAAGUUC